AAACCUCAUAGUAUUUUAGGUAGAGCCUGCCAGAUCUGUCUUAGUUAAAGUUAGUGAAGCAGUAGGCACAAGUGCUGUGUGAGAAGCAAGAAAAUGAGAAUCUUUGGACUUAUUUGUGCUUUCUGUUUUAUUCUGUCAGCUUGUGCUACUAAGCUUGAUUUACCUCAUGAGUGGCACAGUUGGAAGGCAACUCAUGGGAAGAGUUAUGAAAGUGACCAUGAAGAACUAGGUCGUCACAUUGUAUGGCUUUCAAAUAAGAAGUACAUAGAUGAACAUAACAAAUACUCUGAAACAUUUGGUUACACCUUAAAAAUGAACAAAUUUGGAGAUUUGACAAAUGCUGAGUUUAGUGAAUUAAUGACCUGUGUUCAAGACUAUAAACGCCACAAUGCUACAGAUAAGUUACUAAGCAUGAAAAAAGGAAUAAAAAUUAGUGAGUACAAAGCUUCUGGUGUUUCAAGCCUUCCUGACACUGUUGACUGGAGGACAGGAGGUGCAGUAACUUGGGUAAAAGAUCAGUUACGAUGUGGCUGCUCGUAUGCAUUUGCAGCAGCUGCUGCAUUGGAAGGUGCUGCAGCACUUGCAAGGGGGUCUCUGGUUUCAUUAAGUGCUCAAAACAUUGUUGAUUGCUCAAUCCCUUUUGGUAACCACGGUUGCUCUUGCGGUGAUGUAAAUAAUGCUUUUAUGUAUGUUAUUGACAAUGGUGGAUUGGACACAGAAAAUGUUUAUCCCUAUGUUUCAAAACAAGAUGGCUGCAAGUUCAAGUCUAAUGGUAUUGGUGCAACCGCAACUGGAAUUAUAAGAAUUGCAAGUGGAGAUGAAACAUCUUUAGCUUCUGCUUUGGCUACAGCUGGCCCUGUUGCUGUUUAUAUUGAUGCUAGUCACAGCUCCUUUCAAUUUUAUCAUUAUGGAGUUCUUAAUGUGCCUAAUUGUUCACGUACUAAUUUAAGCCAUGCUAUGAUUUUGAUUGGUUAUGGAAAAUAUGGUGGAAGAGAAUACUGGCUUUUGAAGAACAGCUGGGGACCAAAUUGGGGAACCGCUGGGUACAUUAUGAUGAGCAAAGGAAAAUCCAAUCAAUGUGGCAUUGCCACUUAUGCUAGCUUUCCAACUCUGUAAAUGCACAGCAUUAAAACAUUCUUGUGUAGUGCUUUGCCUUAGUGUGAUCACAUUCAUCUAUACAAUUACUGUCUUUGUUCAUGCUGUGAUUAUGUAGAUAGGUAUUAUUAUUGGUAUAUAUAAUGAUUAAUUUUAAGAAUGAAGAUAAACUUGUUAAAAAUCAGAAAA